UUCAAGCUGUAAGGUGGCCUAGUCGUCCAUCUGAUCGCUUAACAGAGGACGGGGCGUCACCUGACCAGAUGUCGGUUUCGGCGGAAACACUGGACACGCCGCGGAUGCGGGAGUUCCUGUCCAAGAUCGUCGGCCCCUACAACCAGGACUACGUCAGGCUGUCGCCCUCCAGCUGCGUCAUGCCCACGCUCUACGUCGACGUCGCCCAGAGGGUGAUCGACUUCGAGGUCCGGCCGGACGACGUGUGGCUCAUCGCGUACCCCAAGUGCGGUAUGACUUGGUGCCAGGAGAUGAUCUGGUUAAUCAUGAAUAAUUUCGAUUAUGAGACAGCGUACAAAAUUCCUCUGCUUGAACGGACUCCAUUUCUGGAAUUUUCCUCACUUCUGAAGACACUGACGAAUAUGGGAACCCAUACGAUGGACGCCUGUGCGAAACUUAAGUCGCCGAGGCUCAUCAAAAGUCAUCUUCCCUUGCAACUACUUCCGAAGCAGCUAUGGACAGUGAAGCCUAAGAUCAUCUACGUGGUGAGAAACGUCAAGGACGUCAUCGUGUCCUACUACCACCACCACAAUCUCUACAGUGACGUCACGAUGACGUUAGACGAGUUUGGCGAGUACUUCAUUGAGAACAUACCCAUGUACUGCCCUUUCUGGAGUCACGUCCUCGACUUCUGGAACAUCAGAAAUGAGCCGAAUGUCCUGUUCUACAGCUACGAAGACAUGAAGUCGGAUCUGACGUCUGUGAUCCUCAGACUGGGCGCGUUCCUGGGAAAACCAGUGCCAGAGAAACAGCUGCCCCGCAUGCUGGACCACCUAAGCGUGGAGAAGAUGCGCGCCAACCCCAACGCCAACUACCAGCCAAUGGUGGAGCACCUGCGCAAGGAAGCCGGGCUGGUGCCGGCCGCCUCUCUAGGGAAGCACUUCAUCCGCUCUGGCAUCCUGGGCGGUGGCCUCACUGGCUUCUCCGACGACAUGCUCCAGAAGAUCGACGACUGGACCGAGCAGUGCUUGCAGGACUCGGACUAUACCGGCCCCAGCUGAGGGCGCCCCUUUCCAACCCAAACCUGUAAAAUACUAAUAAAAACGUUUCACUCACCUUUA